AUGAAAAAAGGUGCUCAAGAAGGAGAAGAUCUCUGCAACAUUAAGCUCUCCAUUCUUGUUGAAAAACACUUCUCAUUUUCAUUAACCAAAAAAAUCUCACAUGCCUAUUUAGGUUUUCGUUUGCUGUCGGUUUCUCCAGAAAACUCUUAUACUAGAAAAAAUAUUGGUUACCUCUAUGCGAUUAAGAACGGAGCCAAAUGGAUCUAUGACACCGAUGAUGAUAACAAACCAUAUGGUGGGAAUAUCACUAUACUUUUUCUUCUUUGA